CAAACUCAAAAAGAGAGAUGAUGGUUGGAAACCAUUGUUAUUGCUUUUCUAGUAUUAUUACCAUCUUUGUCUCCAUUGCAAUCCACAGUACUCUUGCUUCUCCUAGGCUCCACUUUUGCCGCCACGACCAGAGGGAUGCUCUUUUGGAAUUCAUGCAUGAGUUUCCUAUUGAUAAGUCUUUUCCAAGUUCUUGGAACAAAAGCAGCGAUUGUUGUUUUUGGGAGGGAGUCGAAUGCCAUAAUAAAUCUGGCCAGGUUAUAUCACUCGACCUUUCUGAUAAAUAUCUUAACGGCUCUAUGAAAACAAACAGUAGCAUUUUCAAACUCCAAUAUCUUGGUGAUUUAUCCCUUACUAACUGCAAUCUCCAAGGAGAGAUUCCUUCUUCUCUAGGAAACCUUUCUCGUCUCAAGUAUCUUGACCUCCGGUCCAAUAAUCUGGUAGGUGAAGUUCCGGCUUCCAUGGGACACCUAACCGAACUGGAAGGCCUGUCCCUUGAGAAAAACAGCUUAAGUGGCAGUUUUCCUAGUUCAUUGGCCAAUUUCACGAAGCUUACCCGGGUUUUCCUCAACUCUAAUAACUUCACAUCCACGCUUCCAUCCGACAUGAGUGGACUGCACAACUUGGAGUGGUUCGAUAUCAGUGAAAACUCAUUUUUCGGGCCUUUCCCUAAAUCCUUGUUCACCAUUUCCUCCUUAAUUAUAGUUUCUUUGGAAAAAAACCAAUUCACAGGACCUAUAGAUUUCGAGAAUGCAACAUCUUCACCAUUGUUUAAGCUAGAGGAUCUCGUCCUUGCUAGUAACAAAUUCGAUGGCCUUAUCCCAGAAUCCAUAUCUAAAUUUCUCAACCUUCAAGACCUAGAUCUUUCCCGAAACAGUUUCAGUGGACCAAUCCCUAGAUCUAUAUCAAAGUUAGACGACCUCCGUCAUCUUGAUUUUGCCAAAAACAAGUUGGAAGGUGAAGUACCAUCCUGCUUAUGGAAUUUUCCGACGGUGAUGCUUUCUCACAAUUUUUUCAGCAGUUUUGAAAACGUUUCACAAGAAUCAACUGAUAUCCAUCGGUUGGAUCUGAAUUCGAAUUCAUUCAGAGGACCAUUUCCCGAUUGGGUCUGCAAGUUUUACCGGUUAGAGUAUUUAGAUUUGUCCAACAACCUCUUCAGCGGCUCCAUUCCUUCAUGUUUAAGCAGAUUCACUUAUUUUCUUAUGGAAUUAACUCUUGGGAACAACAACUUCAGUGGUACUCUUCCAGAUAUAUUUGGUGAUGCUACCAGGUUAGAAUCACUCGAUGUUAGUCGCAACCGUCUAGAAGGAAACUUCCCAAAGUCCUUGAUCCACUGCAAAGCCCUGAAACAUGUGAAUGUUGGAAGCAACAAAUUCAAGGACAAAUUUCCACAUUGGCUGGGAUCUUUGCCAUCAUUACAUGUUCUCAGCCUUCGAUGCAACAAGUUCUUUGGGCCGUUGUAUCGUCGCCAUAUGUCCUCUGGGUUUAAGAGUUUAAGAGUAAUGGAUAUUUCACAUAAUGACUUCACCGGAACUCUCCCACCUCACUAUUUUUCCAGCUGGCAUGAAAUGACCACAUUGACUGAAGAAUAUAAUCAGUACAUGGAAUCACACUCUUUUUUUGAUGCUUAUUUUGAUUCAUUUCCUUUUGUUCCUGAGAAUUAUGAAUCUGUGGAAAUGGUGAUCAAAGGAGUGGAGAUGAGCUUUGAGCGGAUCCGAAAAGACUUCAGGGCUAUUGAUUUUUCUAAAAACAGAAUCCACGGCAAAAUCCCCGAAUCUUUGUGCUCUUUGAAGGAAUUGCUUGUUCUCAACUUGUCAGGUAACGCCUUCACAGGUGUGAUCCCACGAUCCUUGGCAAAGCUAACAAAGCUCGAGACGUUAGACCUGUCAUGUAAUAAGUUAUCAGGUGAAAUCCCCCAAGAUCUUGGUAAACUCUCCUUUCUUUCGUACAUGAACUUCUCCCAUAACCAUCUCCAAGGUUCAGUGCCACGAGGCACACAGUUUCAAAGCCAGAACUGUUCUUCAUUCAUGGACAACCCUGAACUCUUGGGUCUCGAAGAUAUCUGCAGAAAACCCAAUGUGUUGGGUCCUACGUCACAUCAACCAGAGGAAGUGUCGGAGUCGGAAGAACCAAUGUUCAACUGGGUAGCAGCUGCUAUAGCCUACGGACCAGGUGUGUUCUGCGGAUUUGUGAUCGGAUAUUAUAUCUUUACUUCAGGCUAUCAUGAGUGGUUCGCAGAAAGGUUUGGUCGAAGAAAAAUCAGAGUCGUCACAAGUGUUCGUUAAUCUCAUCUCUUGCAGUUGCUCUAUGAAUCUGUGAAGCAUAUGUUCUUGUUCGUGUUUGUACUGAUUUUCCAAGGAGUUUUCUCCAAAAGACUCGUUUGUAGGAGAUCUAAGCAACGUUCUGUUUAAUGUUUUUGUAAUAAGUCUUUUAAUUGUAUUUGAAUAUAUACUUUCAUUUGCAGUUC